AAUGCCGUUAUUAUCUCAGGAACUGAAAUGGCCAAACAAAUCCAGAAAGAAAUACAGGCAGGUGUGGAGUCAUGGAUUUCCCUUGGGAACAGAAGACCUCACCUCAGUAUCAUUUUAGUGGGGGAUAACCCGGCAAGUCAUACGUACGUCAGGAAGAAGAUCAGAGCCGCCUCCGCUGUAGGGAUCUGUAGUGAGAUCAUUCUAAAACCUAAGGAUGUUUCUCAGGAAGAACUUUUGGACAUAACUGAUCAACUGAAUAUGGACCCAAGAGUCAGCGGUAUAUUAGUUCAGUUGCCACUACCAGACCAUGUGGACGAGCGAACCGUGUGCAAUGGAAUUGCCCCUGAAAAAGAUGUGGAUGGAUUUCAUAUCGUCAACGUUGGAAGACUGUGCCUUGACCAGCAUUCUCUCAUACCUGCCACUGCCAGUGCUGUCUGGGAAAUCAUCAAGAGGACAGGAAUUGAAACAUUUGGGAAAAAUGUGGUUGUAGCUGGAAGAUCCAAGAAUGUAGGGAUGCCCAUCGCCAUGCUUUUACACACUGAUGGAGAGCACGAACGGCCGGGAGGUGAUGCAACAGUGACCAUAGCUCACAGAUAUACUCCCAAAGAACAACUGAAGACCCAUACUCAGCUGGCGGAUAUUAUCAUAGUAGCUGCUGGUAUUCCAAAGUUGCUUACAUCUGAUAUGGUUAAAGAAGGUGCUGCUGUAAUCGAUGUGGGCAUCAACUACGUCCAUGACCCAGUGACGGGAAAGACAAAAUUGGUUGGAGAUGUGGACUUUGAAGCUGUGAAGAAGAAGGCUGGCUUUAUCACUCCAGUUCCAGGAGGUGUGGGACCCAUGACGGUGGCAAUGCUUCUGAGGAACACUCUUCUGGCAGCUAAAAAACUCAUUUACUAGGUCACAUGAAAGAAUAAAAGAAAAUGAAAUCAUGCUCUUUAUUUAUUUGACAAAGGCAAACACCUUUAUAUUUUACUACAAAGCUAUUUAUUUCUACAUCGUAUUUAUUUUUUCAUGGAUGGAAUCGUCAUGGAUCAGAUGAUUCAUGCAACUUGACGCAGUUCCUGCUCACGGAUUUUGAAUUUUAGAGGAAAAAAAAAAAAGAAAA